CCUUCCCGCAGCCCCGGCGCGGUCCGGAGAGACGCGGUGGCGGCGGCGGCAGCGGAGGCGGCGCAGCUUCCUCUUCCCCCGGGAAGUCGUCCGGGCUUGAGGCCGGCCCCUGACGCUCCGCUCUGCCCCGUGGCGCCACCGAUGCUGCCGGGCGCAUCUGCCCCCAGUGAGGGCGGCUCCUGACCACCAUUCAGGAGGGACCAGAGUGAAGCCUCCCCCUGGCGCCCAGGGUAGGGGGGUGAGGCCGUUUUGCAGAAGGCAGGCACAGGGCUGGAGUGCAUGAGCAGCCCCGCCUGCUGACCACCAGCGCACACCUGCCUGUCCCUACCCCCCCACGGCUACACCAUGUCUGGCUCCUACGACGAGGCCUCACUAGCUCCAGAGGAGACCACUGACAGCUUCUGGGAGGUGGGGAACUACAAGCGGACGGUGAAGCGCAUCGAUGACGGCCACCGCCUGUGUAACGACCUGAUGAACUGCGUGCAGGAGCGCGCCAAGAUCGAGAAGGCGUACGCGCAGCAGCUCACCGACUGGGCCAAGCGCUGGCGCCAGCUCAUCGAGAAAGGGCCACAGUAUGGCAGCCUGGAGCGAGCCUGGGGGGCCAUCAUGACAGAGGCGGACAAGGUGAGCGAACUGCACCAGGAAGUGAAGAACAACCUGCUGAACGAGGACCUGGAGAAGGUCAAGAACUGGCAGAAGGACGCCUAUCACAAGCAGAUCAUGGGCGGCUUCAAGGAAACCAAGGAGGCUGAAGACGGCUUCCGCAAGGCCCAGAAACCCUGGGCCAAGAAGAUGAAGGAGCUAGAGGCAGCCAAGAAGGCCUACCAUCUGGCCUGCAAGGAGGAGAAGCUGGCCAUGACGCGGGAGAUGAAUAGCAAGACGGAGCAGUCGGUCACGCCCGAACAGCAGAAGAAGCUGCAGGACAAAGUGGACAAGUGCAAGCAGGACGUACAGAAGACCCAGGAGAAGUAUGAGAAGGUGCUGGAUGACGUGGGCAAGACCACGCCCCAGUACAUGGAGAGCAUGGAGCAGGUGUUCGAGCAGUGCCAGCAGUUUGAGGAGAAGCGGCUGGUCUUCCUCAAGGAGGUGCUGCUGGACAUCAAACGCCACCUCAACCUGGCCGAGAAUAGCAGCUAUGUCCACGUGUACCGGGAGCUGGAGCAGGCCAUCCGGGGGGCGGACGCCCAGGAUGACCUCCGGUGGUUCCGCAGCACCAGUGGCCCCGGCAUGCCCAUGAACUGGCCCCAGUUUGAGGAGUGGAACCCAGACCUUCCUCACACCGCCACCAAGAAAGAGAAGCAGCCCAAGAAGGCAGAGGGGGCGACGCUGACCAACGCCACUGGAGUGGUGGAGACCACAUCCCAGGCUGGAGACCGUGGCAGCGUUAGCAGCUACGACAGGGGCCAGCCUUAUGCCACCGAGUGGUCAGACGACGAGAGCGGGAACCCGUUCGGGGGCAGUGAGGCCAAUGGGGGCUCCAACCCCUUCGAGGACGACGCCAAAGGGGUGCGUGUGCGGGCACUCUAUGACUACGACGGCCAGGAGCAGGAUGAGCUCAGCUUCAAGGCCGGAGACGAGCUCACCAAGCUGGGCGAGGAGGACGAGCAGGGAUGGUGCCGCGGGCGGCUGGACAGUGGGCAGCUGGGUCUCUAUCCCGCCAACUACGUGGAGGCCAUCUAGCUGCCCUCCUCCCCUCCACGCCACCCCUCACUCCUCAUCCACUGCCUCCUCUCCCUACUCUUUCUCGUCCCUCUUCCCUCGCCAUAGAGUUCCAGACAUAUUUUCCGAUCAAGCUUUUAUUUUUUUAAAAGUCAAAACAGAACAAAACAAAAAAUACAGAGACAGAAGCAUUUGCAGGGUCGCCUGGAGGCCAGGGUGGUGGGACUCGGGGUGAUGGCCCCAGGGUAGGUGAGGGUCUUAGUAUUUAGCCCAAAAGAGACAUUACAACAUUUGCUCUUCAGAUCCCACCAAAGAGUUUCCCGAACCCUGAGGGUCGUCUCCUGGACCCUUCUCUCCUGCCUCACUCCCGACAGAAUAUGCUUCCCACCCCUUCCCCCCAAACCCAGGCUGCCAGCCUCUGUCCCCCUCCUCUUCUCUGGGCCUGGUUUUCUGACCUCUUUCUUCUGCCCCACCAUGCUCCCCUCCCUCCACCACCCUGCUGUCAAAGCUUCCCCUCCAGACCCCAGAGAAGGUGGGGGGCCUCCUAGUUUUAGUCUUACGUUUUGCCCUGAGGAGUACCCUUCUUCUCCUGGUCUCACUCCUAAGGACUGGUGGGGCUGGAGGAGGAACGGUCUCUCUCUUUUCCCAUAGACUUUUCCCGGGAUCCCUAGACUCCCCCAGACAUAAUAAGGAGAGAGCUGGAGUUGAUGACAGUGUCACCGGUGUGUAGGAGGGUGAGUGAAGGGGGCAGGCCCUCAGUCCUUCCAACGCCAGCUCAGCUGAGGGACCAAGACCCUGCUGGGGCCCUUUUUUCCAGCUGUUAGCAAUUUGGGGCCAGGCUCUUAGAGACAUACCCUGCGGUCACUUGCAGAAACCCUGCCCCCCUCUCCUAAAUCCUCAGGCAGGGGGAGAGGCCUCAAAGCCCAGGGCAAAGCCAGCAACAGUAGCAACCUCCUCCUAUUUCCUGGGGAGGAGGGCACCUUGCCUGCCCGCCUUCCCUCCAUGGGCAUCUAAAACCACAGACUCACCAGGUUCAGCCAGCCUCCGGGAGACAGCCUUGUGGUCUCCCAUCCCUCUUUCCCCUUCUCUGGCCUUCCCGAGAAGUCAGGACAAGGCCCAAAGGAGUCUCCAACCUGGGACCAUCAGAAACCCUGUAGAGCCCCUGGGAAAGACUUGGCUUUGGCAGGAGGGAGGCACCGAGGCUCUGCAGAGCAGGACAGUCCCAUGUCUUUCCUCCUUGUCCCUUCCUCCCCACCCAGCUCUUGCCCCUGGAGCAGCAUUCCCCCUGGCUGACAGCCCUUCCGUGUAUCUCUAGGCCUGGGUCUCAGUUAAAGGAUUUUUCGGGGGAGGGUCGGGAGGGGGGAGGGGCCAAGGGCCUGCCCAGAGCCAGGGUGUUUCUUGAGGUGGGAGAAGGAAAGCACUGCUGGGUUACCGAGUCAUAGUACCUCGUUCCAACUUCUUCCACAUAUGUGAGCCCCCGGGAGGUUUGGGAAGAAGACCAGGGCAGGACAAAAGCUCAAGGGGGUGAGGGGAGGGUUGGCUGGAAAGAGGAGUCUUUCAGGAACCUCUGGGGUAAGGCCCUGGGACUUCUUGUAGCUCAAAGAGAGCUUCUGGGCCUCAGGACUGCAGACACCCUACGUACCCCCUUCCUCAGCACCUGGCCCCCGGACCUCCAGGUAAAGACAGUGUGAUACCCCAGCCCUUAUGGCCCCCCUCAGUCCUCUUUUGCUCCCUGCUUCAUCCCCCAACGCUCCACUGAUGGUCUCCAGGCCCUGACCUCAUUCAUGUGUGCACAGAGGAUCCUGGCAGACUCUGGCGGCGGGGGUGGGGGGGUGCCUGAGCUGGCCAGGCCUCAGGCAGGGGGUCAGGGGAGUUUGAGGGUGAGGACGAUGGCACCCCAGGGACAGGCAGACCGCGGCCCCCACCCCGGACCCCCAUUUCCUGUCACUGUCUGCUCUCUGGGCAUCUGCUGCCUCCUGAGAUCUGCCCUAGGCCUCUCAGAGCCCAAAGCAAGAUUUCGGAAGCUCUCUGCCCUCCCAACUCUAGACCAAAAGACUCUGCAGCUUCUCCUCCAGGUGGGAGUUGAGGUUGGGGGCCUUUGACCUUCACCAUGUACGUACCCUUGGAAGGCAGGAAGCUGGUACAGCCACACCUUGGGGCCUGGGUUCCCUCUCUCCAUGCCAGUGGCUUUCUAGCACCUGGGGAGGGUCUGUGGCCCUAGUUGGACCCCAGGCCUGCCCCCUCAGUGCUCCAGCUGCCUACUCCGGGGCAGGGACUUGAAAUCCCAUUCUUUCUGAGCAACCACCUCCAUGGCCCGGUUUGGGACCACUGUCUCUCGGUCCCCAGGCUCCUCAGGACCCCGGAGUGGGAUGGUCUCCCACCCAGCGGUCCCCCCAGCCCCAAGCUCUAGGGGCUCAGCCCCACCUGUCAGUGCUGGUGUCCGGGUACUCACCAUCACGUGGGAGGGCCACACCCCUCUCUGUGCCCGCCACCUCUCGUAGCCGCCUCCCUGCACCCUCAAUGCUGCACGGGCCCGCUCCGUGGGGCUUGGCGACUCGUGUGUUCGGUUCCCAGUUAACCACCAUUCUGCGGCCUGGCUCUGCCAGGGGCCGGGGUUGCCCUGCCGCCUGCCACCUGCUGCCCUAGGCUCCCUGACUCCAUUAGUCCGACACUUGUGACCCUCCGAAAAGUGCUGUGGUCUCAGCAAUGCACAUGUUUUGUACAUGAUCGUGUAAUUUAAAGGUCUAUAAAUACAAAUAUAUCUCUCUCAGUUGUGAUUGUA